GAUAUAAAUUUUUUGGUUAGGAAUUUGGUGAAGAGUUAAGUAUUGCCAUUGCCAGUCUUCAUAUUUUCCUUAUUCCUUACGGUUUUAGCGAACAAUGUCUGUUGGAGAAAUAAAGAAUGUUGAUGCUAUUUUGAAUAAGCUGUCUCUUAACGAAAAUCCCAAUGAAAAUAUCAAAUACCAAUUUGUUUCUGUAUUUAAAAAUCCUAGUAAAUUACCAAUUAAUCAAAUACAUCUGGAAAGAACUUGGUAUGAGUUGAAGAAAGACAUUCCAAAAGAUUUGGAUAAACGAUGGCUACCAAAAGUUAUUUUAUAUAACUAUGAGCCCUAUGUAUUUACCGAGUCAGAAGAGGAGAAUAUAGGUUUCAUAACCAACAAUGUUCAUUUUAUAGACAGUUUACAGUAUUUACUAAAGUGCAACUUUCAUCAAUUUUGGUGUACAAUUUUGUUUGAACCAUCGGCUGCUGUUUCAUUGCGUAGUUUUAUUUUGAAUCCUGUUACUUCCCAUCAGUUGGCAUAUUUAGAACAUGAAUAUGCUGAUGUUUAUAAAACAGUAUUUAAGACGUUUCUAUUAGUAUAUCGAAGACUGGUUACAUUUAAAGUAUCAGAAUCCGAAUAUAUGCCAAAGGAUUAUGGAUACGAACAAUUAUUACACAAAAAGUUAAUAAAUUUACCAGUAGUGACUACAUUAGCGUUGUUAUAUAAAGAAUCGAAUGUUGAUUUUGUGAAUAUUUUGACAUCUUUGUAUUUCGACAACACAUCUCAGCUGGAUUUUAGGUUCAAGGAAAUAGAAGAAUCGAUCAAUCAAACAUUACUGGUUAUGGAAAUGAUUGGAGGACACGUCUGUGGUUUUAGUGAGGGUGCAGUAGUUGUCCCAAUAGCUAUAGGUCCACGUCCACCAGUAUUUGAUUUGAAUUGGAUUUAUUCAGUGGUCAAUUAUCUUUUAAAUACAAUGGCCCUUCUACAUACGCUUUUGGAAUUUUAUAAACCAGCAAUAGAAAUGUGUAUAGAAAAAGAUUUGCCUUUUAGGAUACCUUUUACAUACGUAAGCAUUUACAGAGAACUCUAUGAGUUUAUUAGUGAUAGAGAAGACUUAGAAUUACAAAAAACACUGUCUGAGAGGGUAUUCGAUGAAAUUAAUAUAGGUCGUGCGGAAUUUGUUGAUGUAUACCACUUAUUUGUAACCCAUUGUUUGGAUAAAACUUUGGAAUGCAUGGGUGAUGACAAGAAACAAGAAGAUUUAGUAGAGUUGUAUUUAAAAUUGAUGACUGUAGCCCUUGAGGACGAUUACUUUAUCUGUGAUUAUAACAUGAAAUAUAACGUUUCUAACCAAAAUGAAAUGUUUUCUAGUUGCACCUUAAUGCAUAAAAAAUUACAACGUUUGUCGAAGUUAAAGAAGCAAACAGUUGAGGAUAUAUUCAAGAAAUUCAAGCCACCCGAAAUAGAAGUAGAAGAGGAGCCAGAACCGACAGCAGGACCUUCCAAUAUUAAUGGAGGAGUAAGUGACGAUGACAUAGAAAGUAAAAUUAAAGAAAUUGUUGAUACUUUACCGCAUUUAGGAGAUGGUUUUGUGUUACAAUGCCUCGAAUCCUAUAAUUUUAAUUCUGCUGAAGUAAUUAAUGCUAUAUUAGAAGAGAAUCUGCCUCCGCAUUUGUCCAACAUUCCAUUUGACCAAAUUCGAAUACCACCAGAACCAGAACCUGCGAAACCCGUGUUAGCUUAUCACGGCAAGAAACCAGAUUAUGAUGACACUUUGAAAUUACUGAAUGAUAAGAGAGAUUUCAAGGAAAUCAAGUCUUUCGUAUUGGAGGGAGUACAAUACACUAAUAACUACCUGUACGAUGAUGAAUAUGACGAUCGAGACUUUGAUGAUAUACCCAUUAAAGUGGCUGAUAAUCAACUCGAGAAAGAAAUUCUUACAUAUAAUCCAAAUCAUGAAGACGCGGCUAGCGAUUCGAGCGAAUCCGAAGAAAGUGAUGAAAAUCAAGCAAAGGGUGUUAGCAAGACCGCAGUAAAUAGUAACCCAAGUGGUUCUGGAACUAAUAGGUCUAAAAUGAACUUCUGUGAAGAUCCUGCUCUAAUUAGAGAAAGGCGAGAAGCCAGAUUUAGGACACAACACAGACCGCCUCCAAAGGGAAACGUUGUUGGAAAGGCGAAAGGUCAAGGUCAAGAGAAAGACGUUUUGAAGGCUAGGGACAAGAAGACCGUCAACAAAUCAUCUAGAGCUAACCAUAAUAGAAAAGGUGGAGCUCAGUGGAAGCGAAAUAAAGGAAUGAUUCCCAUGUAAUGAUCACUAUGGGGAAACGUCUUAUGAAUAUUUCAUACAGUUAAUAUCAAAUGUUGGAAGUAUAAAAAGCGAAGAGUUAAAAAUGUUAAGUUUGUAAUUUUUAUACUUAUAAAUGUUCAAUAAGUUCUUUUUUAUCCUUCCUUAUUAUUUUUAUACUUAGAUGCCUACUUAAUUAUUAGCUUGGCCUCAAUGUAUAUGUUUUAUCUUAACUAUUAUGUUACUAUGCUUAAUAUCUAAGCAAGUUCGUAGCAAAUAUGCUCCGUAUGUUAGGUGCUUUCUACCAACGAUCUGAACAACUUGUUCUUCUUUUGAUUUGACUUUUAUCCCUUAGUAGGGAAUGUAAAUUUAUUGUUAUAGCUUGAUCUCUUCCUAUUUUAUUUUGUAUAUUUGUUAUCCCUUCCAUCUUCAUUUAACUGAAAUCCUAAGUAUUGGCAACAUUCUAAUGUUAUCAUGUUCUAAUGUCCUUUGCAUCAGUUUUUAUAUUUUUUGCAUCAUGGUUUGCUAGUUCGAGAUACUAAGUUUUCUUAGCAUAAUGUCCAAACCUCAUUUUGAGUAUUCUUCAAGGAAUUUCCGUAUCAUAUAGUUUGCAUCGUUAUUCCCAUCUUCACCAAUGGCUUGUUAACGAAAUACUAGUUAAAUUAAAUAAACUGUUAUAUUUG